AUGCCGAAGCCGACGCUGCUGCUGCGCGGGGGCUGGGAGCGCGAGCGCAGCCCCGGGGACUCGGAGCUGGGCCGCCAGUUCCGGGACUGGUGCCUGCGCACCUACGGCGACUCGGCCAAAACCAAGACGGUGACACGCAGUAAAUACCAGCGGAUCGCCGAGGUCCUGCAGGGCGGCGGCGGGACCGGCGCGGGUAGCGGCCCGGCAGCCGGCGAGAAAGGCAAGUUCCAGUUCUGGGUGCGCUCCAAGGGCUUCCGCCUGGGCAGCGGCCGGGAACCCAAGAUGGGCCAAGUGGUGUAUGUGCCGGUCAAGACGGGCUCGGGGGCAGAUGGCCUGUCGGAGCCGGAGGGCAUCUCUCUGAAGCGGGUCGCUGUGGUGGAAGAUUUCUUUGACAUCAUCUACUCGAUGCAUGUGGAGAGCUCAGCGGAGCCCGGCAAAGCCCCCAAGCACGCUGGGCAGAAGAAAACCUACCGAGCGAUCGCAGAGACCUACGCCUUCCUUCCACGGGAAGCCGUGACCCGGUUCCUGAUGAGCUGCACGGAGUGUCAGAAGAGGAUGCACUUUAAUUCCAAUGGCCUGGAGCCCAAAGAAAACGAGCCUCCAUCUCCUCUGGUCUCUGGGAUCAUCGAUUACAACAUGCCCCUCACCUCCACGUACCUGAAACAGAUGAAGUUGCGCGUGAUGAAUUCCCAGGAGCAGGAUGAAACUUCUGUGAGCAGUGAAGAUUUUGAUAUGAACGACUCCACAUGGAUGUCAGCUGACCCACACCUGGCCUCCAGCCUGAGUCCCAGCCAGGACGAGAGGAUGCGGAGCCCACAAAACCUCCACAGUCAAGAGGAUGACGACUCCUCCUCUGAGAGUGGCAGCGGUAAUGGCUCCUCCACCCUGAACCCGUCGACCUCCAGCAGCACGCAGGGAGACCCGGCCUUCCCCGAGAUGAACGGCAACGGCGCCGUGGCCCCCAUGGACUUCACCGCCAGCGCCGAGGAUCAGCCCAUCAACCUGUGUGACAAGCUCCCGCAGGGCUCUACUCUGGGCACACCCUCCUACCCCUCCGAUGGCUGCAGCGCCGAUGGACUGCGGAGCCGCGUCAAGUACGGGGUGAAGACCACCCCCGAGUCCCCCCCUUACAGCUCGGGGAGCUAUGACUCCAUCAAAACCGAGGUCAGUGGCUGCCCCGAGGACCUGACCGUGGGCCGGGCCCCCACGGCAGAUGACGACGACGACGACCACGAUGACCACGAGGACAAUGACAAGAUGAACGACUCGGAGGGCAUGGACCCAGAGCGCCUCAAGGCCUUCAACAUGUUCGUGCGUCUCUUUGUGGAUGAGAACCUGGACCGCAUGGUGCCCAUCUCCAAGCAGCCCAAGGAGAAGAUCCAGGCCAUCAUUGAGUCGUGCAGCCGGCAGUUCCCUGAGUUCCAGGAACGGGCCCGCAAGCGCAUCCGCACGUACCUCAAGUCCUGCCGGCGCAUGAAGAAGAAUGGCAUGGAGAUGACCAGACCCACACCUCCCCACCUGACCUCGGCCAUGGCAGAAAACAUCCUGGCAGCUGCCUGCGAGAGCGAGACGAGAAAAGCGGCCAAAAGGAUGCGCUUGGAGAUGUACCAGACCUCUCAGGACGAGCCCAUAGCCCUGGACAAGCAGCACUCCCGGGACCCCACAGCCAUCGCCCACUCCACCUACUCACUGCCAGCCUCCUACUCCCAGGACCCCGUGUACGCCAAUGGUGGCCUCAACUACAGUUACCGUGGUUACGGGGCCUUGGGCAGCAACCUGCAGCCUCCUGCCUCCCUCCAAACGGGAAAUCACAGUAAUGGGCCCACGGACCUCAGCAUGAAAGGCGGGGCCUCUACCACCUCCACCACGCCCACGCCCACCCCCUCCAGCAACAGCACCAGCCGGACCAUGCCCACCGCCCAGCUCAGCCCCACCGAGAUCAGCGCCGUGCGGCAGCUCAUCGCCGGCUACCGAGAGUCCGCCGCCUUUCUGCUGCGCUCGGCAGAUGAACUGGAGAAUCUCAUUCUGCAGCAGAACUGA